CGAAUCGGGUUACUCUCUCGAAAAAUAUAUCUCUCUCGCUCUCUCGCACACAUGCGGGCGGGCCUCUGCUGCAAUCGAAGACGAGUCGAAGUCUGGUGGCGGACUCGUGAAAGACGAAAAAUUUUCUCGACGAUCCGCUAAGUAUUUCUGUUUUAAAUUCAAUCGUUGAUUCAUCGAUCAAGUUUAUUGAACUACGAACCACGGAGCAGUGCGAAUAAAAAAGUAAAAGUAUUUGUCAAGAAAAAAAACUUGCCAAUUAAGUAUUUAAGUAUAUAUAGGUGCAUUGGCGUUUUCUUUCUCGCGCAAAAUCGUCUGCUGAGCCACAAAAACAAAGACAGAUCAACUCCCAAUCAGCUGACAUAAUAAAUAAACAUCAUACACAUAGGUGGUGUACGUGUGUUUCGGAGUUCCCUUCACGUCCCUCACCCUCGCCCACCAUGACAGUGUGUUCUCUCUCUCUUUCUGUCUCAUUUGUUCGAUUGACGCACUUGGAGGAAAAAAGUAUAUAGUAUAUCUUGGAUCAGACUAGAUUUCCAUCGUCGUUGUACUUACAUAUACGCGCGCCUGUGUUUCCUUUGCACACGUCAACCCUCCAGUGCUCAUGUGAGUGGAGCUACACCGAGAGAUUUUUCUUAUCAAGAAUUGAAAUAAAAGUUGUUACUGCAAACUGCUGACUAACCAAGGAUAUAUAGGCAGUUUCGCCACUGGAACGUUAAUUACUUUUAUUUUCAAUGACAGUGUCAUGUCAUACACUGAAUUGGAACAUGGAUACCAGGGUCUUAGGAGUGCAACAAAUCAGCCCAUCUUUUACGUAGGUGAUAUCGGAGCUGUACAACAGGGCCUUGUUGGCCCUGUAGGAUCUUCUCUCUAUCGUUCAUCAAAUAGGGGCGAGCUGUCGGACGGGUGCGUGAACGACGAUGGAUGCCUGGGUGGCAGCGACCUCGAGGGCGAGGGCAAACAGGUGCUGGUGGGAGUAUGCGCGAUGGCCAAGAAAUCGCUGAGCAAACCGAUGAAGGAGAUACUCACGCGUCUCGAGGAAUUCGAGUACAUAAAAAUCGUCGUCUUCGCCGAGGAGGUCAUUUUGAAGGAACCGGUUGAAAACUGGCCGAUCGUGGAUUGCCUGAUAAGCUUCCACAGCAAGGGUUUCCCCCUCGAGAAGGCGAUACAGUACGCGAACCUCCGCAACCCCUUCAUAAUCAACAAUCUUCCCAUGCAGUACGACAUUCAGGACCGGAGAAAGGUCUACUCCAUCCUCGAGUCGGAAGGAAUCGAAAUUCCCAGGUACGCGGUUCUCGACAGAGAUUCGUCGGAUCCGAAACACUCAUUUUCAGAUCACGAGCUGGUCGAGUCGGAAGACCACGUGGAAGUCAAUGGGGUCACGUUCAACAAGCCCUUCGUGGAGAAGCCCGUCUCUGCGGAAGACCACAACAUCUACAUUUACUAUCCCACCUCCGCGGGCGGAGGCAGUCAGCGCUUGUUUAGAAAGAUCGGCAGCCGUAGCAGCGUGUACUCGCCCGAGUCGCGGGUGCGCAAGACCGGCUCGUACAUCUACGAGGACUUCAUGCCCACCGACGGCACCGACGUCAAGGUGUACACCGUGGGCCCGGACUACGCGCACGCCGAGGCGCGCAAGAGCCCGGCCCUCGACGGCAAGGUCGAGAGGGACUCCGAGGGCAAGGAGAUCCGCUACCCCGUCAUACUCAGCAACGCCGAGAAACUCAUCAGCCGGAAGGUUUGCCUCGCGUUCAAGCAAACCGUCUGUGGAUUCGACUUGCUCAGAGCCAACGGCCAGUCGUUCGUCUGCGACGUGAACGGCUUCAGCUUCGUGAAAAACUCGAACAAGUACUACGACGAUUGCGCCAAGAUCCUCGGCAACAUGAUACUCAGGGAGCUCGCGCCCACGCUGCACAUACCCUGGAGCGUGCCCUUCCAGCUCGACGACCCGCCGAUCGUGCCCACCACCUUUGGCAAAAUGAUGGAGCUGCGCUGCGUCGUCGCCGUUAUAAGACACGGGGACCGCACCCCCAAGCAGAAGAUGAAGGUCGAGGUCCGGCAUCCAAAGUUUUUCGAGAUAUUCGCAAAGUACGACGGGUACAAGCACGGCCACGUGAAGCUCAAGCGGCCCAAGCAGCUGCAGGAGAUCCUCGACACGGCGCGCAGCCUCCUGUCUGAGAUCCAGCAUCGGGCCGCCGGCCCGGAACUUGAGGAGAAGCAGGGCAAGCUGGAACAGCUCAAGAGCGUCCUGGAAAUGUACGGGCACUUUUCGGGUAUCAAUCGCAAGGUGCAGAUGAAGUAUCAGCCGCGAGGGAGACCCAGGGGUAGCUCCUCCGACGACGGUAACAGCAGCAAUCGUCUGGGAGAGCCGUCGCUGGUCUUGAUAUUGAAGUGGGGCGGUGAGCUGACGCCAGCUGGUAGGAUACAGGCCGAGGAGCUCGGCCGGAUAUUCCGGUGCAUGUACCCAGGUGGUCAAGGUAGACACCUUAGUGAGGAAGACUCAGAGAUGUUACCAAACCACGGUGAAUACGCCGGCGCCCAAGGACUCGGCCUCUUGAGGCUGCACUCGACCUUCCGUCACGACUUGAAAAUCUACGCGAGCGACGAGGGCAGGGUACAAAUGACCGCAGCCGCCUUCGCCAAGGGUCUGCUGGCGCUCGAGGGCGAGCUCACGCCCAUCCUCGUGCAGAUGGUCAAGAGCGCCAACACCAACGGCCUACUCGACAACGACUGCGACAGCAGCAAGUAUCAGAACAUGGUGAAAAAUCGGUUGCACGAGCUGAUGCAACAGGACAAGGAGUUCACGAAGGAGGACAGGGAACAGAUCAAUCCGACCAACGCCUUGAGCAUAAACGCAGCCUUGGAUUUCGUGAAGAACCCGGUGAGGUGUUGCCAGCAUGUGCACUUGCUCAUACAGAAAUUGAUGGACAUAGUGAGGCUGAAGAAGGACGAUCCAAAAACGAAAGACGCCAUACUGUAUCACGGGGAAACUUGGGAGUUGAUGGGCCGUCGGUGGGGAAAGAUUGAGAAGGACUUUUACACCAAACAGAAGCGAUUCGACAUCUCGAAGAUCCCCGACAUCUACGACUGCAUCAAGUACGAUCUGCAGCACAACAAUCACACGUUGCAGUUCGAGCACGCCGAGGAGCUUUACAUAUACUCCAAGUACUUGGCCGACAUUGUUAUUCCUCAGGAAUACGGUUUGACCGUACAAGAAAAGUUGACCAUUGGCCAGGGCAUUUGUACACCUCUGUUGAAAAAGAUCCGGGCCGAUCUCCAGAGAAACAUCGAGGAACCCGGCGAAGAAACUGUAAACAGGCUGAAUCCAAGAUACUCGCACGGUGUAUCGAGUCCGGGUAGGCACGUGCGAACAAGAUUGUACUUUACGAGCGAAAGCCACGUGCACUCGCUGUUGACGGUUCUGCGUUACGGUGGCCUACUCGACGUGUUGAGCGACGAGCAGUGGAGACGAGCCAUGGAGUACGUGAGUAUGGUUUCCGAGCUCAACUACAUGUCGCAGAUAGUGGUGAUGCUGUACGAAGAUCCAACAAAGGACCCGAGCAGCGAGGAGCGAUUCCACGUGGAGCUGCACUUCAGUCCCGGUGUGAACUGCUGUGUGCAAAAGAAUUUACCGCCAGGGCCGGGCUUUAGGCCACACUCUCGAAACGAGAGCAGUCACAACCUUAAGGGGGAAGCUGGUGCAGGUCAAGACAACACUUCGCAAUGCAGUACACGCAUCGAGGAAGAAGACACAGAACUUGGCGCCUUGGAGGAUGACAGCGCAAUGCCACUCGUUGAACAAAGGAAACAUUGUGUGUUUAAGGAGACGUCUCCACCGCCGAUGGAAGUAGACACGUCCGAGGUGGACUCGACACUCGACAGCCCAACCACGACGAGUCGAGCCAUCAACAUGAUGGACCUUGAUCCGAAUAUAAUGGACGAGCCUUACGACAGCGGGUUUCUGCAAAGUUCAGCACCUAUUCCGAUAAGCGCGAGGACAGUAGCUGGACACGAGGCUGCAAGACUGGGCAGCCAAUUGGCGGCGACUCAAAGGCUGCGGAGGGAAAGAGAGGUGGGCGUCGCGUACAACGAGCCUCGGGCGCGUAGCUACGACCACCAGAGGCAGGACAAACCAGAGAAGUCGAGCACGCGCGUCUCGAGAUCGCCCAAGUUCUCGGAGAUUUUUUACGAGGAGCCCGCGACCUACGGCCUGGGCAAGCCGUUGUCCCUCGCCCACUCGUUGAGCUCGCCCGAGCUGGUGAUCCCGCUAGCGGCCACCCCCGAGCACGAUGACCACUACGAAGAUGACUCGCAGCUAGCGCCGAGCUUAAACUACGGCUCGUCCAACCUACCGCCCCUGAUAACCUUACACAACACUCCGCUAGCUUCGCCGGGGGCCGUUACCUCGACGACCGACCUCCAGGCAGCACUGUCAGCCACCAUCAUUCCUGCUAGCGCCACCGCUCCCGCAAUCAUCCGCUGUAGUAGUACUGCUAAUCGUAGAGCCGCCGAGAGAGGCCGCUGCACCGACGACGACCGCAGCGAGUCCAAGCGGUACGGGCGCUCGCACUCGGCCCUUAACCUCCCAGUCAUCGAGAUCAACGACACGCGACCUUCGCUCAUUCAACCUACUGACCCUACCUGCACAGCAAGGCGCCACCGUCACAGUAUCUCCGGACAGAUGAGUUAUUUCAAGCUAUUGGGCUACAACGUUAACAAGAAGCUCACCGGCUCGGCCAACAGUCUCUUCAGCACCGCCGUGAUCAGCGGCUCUUCCAGCGCCCCGAACCUCAAGGAUAUGGUUCCCCCGCACGCGUCCGCCGUCGCCGCGAUCGAGGGCUUCGGCGGUGUGCCGCCCAUCAGACCGCUCGAGACGCUGCACAACGCGCUGUCGCUACGCCAGCUGGACGAUUUUUUGGAGGUGAUGACGAGCGCACUGCUCUUCCGGACCCCGGCGUCCUCGCCUCCCAAGUUUCCCUCGCCCCUCGAGCCCGGGGCCAUUACGGCCGGGCAGCACCAAAGUCUCGCUAUCGAAGCCGCCAGGUUAACUCAUUAUUUAUGGAAAGGAUUGAAGAUGAUAUUUUCCGGUGAAGUUAUAAUAAGUACCAUAAAUAUAAUUAUCGAUACAGGCUACGUAAUCAGACGGUACAUCACACCGGCUUCGAUGCAAUACAAAGGAACUCACGAGAACGAGCCGAGUGACAUUAGAAAUCAAGUGUCACCCACAAGUCCCAACAGUGCUGGCUGGAGCAGCGAGCCCCCGUCCUUUUUGUCUUCUGAGCCGUCCUCGCCAGCCCCAACCUCAGCCGGGGAUUGCAGCAUGUCGAUAAGCCUAGUUAGCAUUGACGGAUCGCAGCCGUGUUCAGCCGGACCCAAGUAUUCGCCGAAUCGUGGCCUCGAACUGGACUACAGUGACCUUUGCGUGAACGCUGAACAAAAAUUGGAUCAGCAGCAACAGCAGGCGCGCGAGAGCCGUGGCAGCGUCUCCUACACGGACUACUACAGCAGCGAGGAUGGACAAAUCAGACGGACCGUCAACGACAAUUGUUUCCCGAUUUUCGUGAAACCCCAGACCCAGACCACACCAAUUCAAACGCCGAGUGGUGGGCGUUCGGCCGACGAGGAGGAAAACCCGGAGGACGAGGACGAAGACGCGCACACGCUCACUCUGAAGCAGAGCGACGAGCAAAGGAAACAGGAUGUGCAGCAAAUCUUCGAGCAGAAGGAGAGCCAAAUUGUCAAACCGAGCAGCAGUUACAAGAAAAUCGGAAGAUUCCGAGUGGAAAGCAUGGAGAUUCACGACGAAGACGUGAGGAUUAAGGAACCGAGCACCAUGAGUUCGAGCGUCUCCAGCAGAGGCAAGCCCAUUAAGCCCGAUCCGAUGAUGAAAAGCAACAAUCUACUGCGCUCCCAGAGCGUAUACACGCCAAAAGUCCGUUCGGUGAGCGGUUCAAGGUCACCUCUCAUAGUUAAGCAGAGUUCCCUCUCGGCAGCGCCGGAUACCUGGAAGGGCUCCUCUCUGAACGAGCCAGUGUCGCGUGGCGACCACAACGAAUCGAAGCAACAGCCAGUGUUGACGCUGGCGAGUAGCUUCACCGAUAAGGCUAACGUUACCUUUGGAUUCGACGUACCGCGGGAUAAAAAGGACUGAAGUCCUCGAGAUAGUUUUGUGUUUUUUUAGAAAAAAAUUUUAUU